AACAUGGAGGUGGAGAUGAUGGAGCCUGAAUGUGAGCAGAAAGAACCGACAGAGAGCGGGCAGAAGGCGGACACGGGAGCUGGAGAAGCGUCGGUUAAAAGCUCCGGCGGCCAUUACGAGCUGCCCUGGGUGGAGAAGUACCGACCGACGAAACUCAGCGAGAUCGUCGGGAACGAGGAGACCGUGAGCCGGCUCGAGGUGUUCGCGCGAGAGGGAAACGUACCCAACGUCAUUAUCGCAGGUCCUCCAGGAACAGGAAAGACCACCAGCAUCCUGUGUUUGUCCAGAGCUCUGCUGGGAGCCUCCAUGAAGGACGCCGUGCUGGAGCUCAACGCCUCCAACGAGAGAGGGAUCGACGUGGUGAGGAACAAGAUCAAGAUGUUCGCUCAGCAGAAAGUGACGCUGCCUAAAGGACGACACAAGAUCAUCAUCCUGGACGAAGCCGACAGGUGAGACCACGGGAGGAACUUUAGAACCAGAGAACCAGGCUUUUUAUGUGUUAGGAAGUUAAACAUCAUAAUUCAUCUCUAAUAUCUAUUUAUAUUCAUGUGAAUACAUCUC